GUCACGGGCAGCCUGCUGGCCCACCAAGCCACAAGGAAAUCUCAAUCUCUCUCAGGUCUCUCUCAGGUCUACGGCAAUGGAUUCCGGCGCGGCGGCACCUGCGAGGGCGGCCGAGAAAUUGUGCCGGAGGUGCAAGGGGAGGUACGAUCCAUCGGGCAACACGCGCCUCUCCUGCAGGUUCCACCCCUCCUUGUUCGUCUGCCGCCGCCACGACGACCAGAAGAGGUACUACGAGCUCCGCGACGGCGACCCCCCCUACGCCGCCAAGUUCUACGACUGCUGCGGCGCCGAGGACCCGGACGCUCCCGGAUGCACCACCGACUUCCACCGCUCCUACGACGACGACUAGCUUUGUUUGUUUCUGGUGCAAAGCAAUCUCCCCUCCCGAGACUAGCUCUAGCUAGCUACCAGAGGAACUGCUACUGCAAAUUAAAUAAAUAAAAGCUGGUGCUUGACUCGAAUCAAUACCCUUAAUAAUAAUCAUCAUCAUCAUCCAUCAA